UUUCCUGUGGAGCUCCACUCUAAUGUACACUACCUUGACAAAAAAAAUUGCACACUUUAAUAUUUUGUAGAACUGCCUUUGUCUGUCCGACAUCAACGUCAUAAAAGAGGCGUGUUUCCGACGGGAAGUGGCGUUUUUCGUGACGUUUCGUGACGUUUUCAGGAGGUCCGCUAGAGUAUUUCUGUUUUGAUCUGUCACUAAAAUCAACACUUCAGUGUAGUAUACACUAGGAAGUGUUCUUCCCAUUAUACAGACUUGAUUUCAGGCAUGACUGCUCCAGUCUCCAGGGACUUUGGUCGAGCACUGUGUAUAAUUACCGGCGCUUCAAAGGGCUUUGGUCGGACUCUUGCUUUACAAGUAUACAGUUUGCUCAAACCAAAUUCUGUUCUUCUCUUGGUAGCCCGAUCCAGUGAUAAACUGAAUGAGCUUCGGGCAGAUCUUGCGAGCUCGGAACCAGAUCGGGCUGGGCUGGUCAUACGUUGUGUGGUAGCUGAUUUAGGAGAGAAAGAAGGGAUUGAGGAAACACUGAGGGCAGCCAGAGAGACGCCUUCUACAGAUAUAGAUCAUCUAUUACUGAUCAAUAAUGCGGCUUCUCUGGGUGAUGUGUCCCGGAUGGCCACUAGCUUCACAGACCCCAGGGAAGUGGACUCCUAUCUCUCUUUAAAUGUGAGCUCUGCCCUCAGCCUGACCGCGGGGCUGCUGGGGGCUUUCCCACAGCAGCCCGGGCUGCGGCGCUGCGUGGUCAAUGUCAGCUCGCUGUGCGCCCUGCAGCCUUUCCCCUCCUGGGUCCUGUACUGCACCGGCAAGGCAGCCCGCGACAUGAUGUUCCAGGUGCUAGCCAAAGAAGAGCCCGACCUUCGUGUGCUCAGCUACGCCCCAGGUCCUCUCGACACAGAGAUGCACGUACAGGCUCGAUCCACUUCGCGAGACCCGGAGCUGAGGAAGACGCUGAUUGCCCUGCAUGACGAAGGCAAGCUGCUGACCUGCGGCGAGUCUGCUGCCAAGCUGAUGAAGCUGCUGCUGGAGGAUGGCUACCAGUCUGGUGCUCACAUUGAUUUUUAUGACCUGUAGGACGACAUAAAGGCACAGACGGAGGGGACAGCCUACAUAUGACCCUCACAUGUCCUUUCAGUGUGUGACAGUGUUUUCUCGUUAAUAUGAUUACUUUCUUCAAAGGGUAUUGGAUACAGUGGUUUAUAGACCAGGUAAUAGUUACAGUUGUUGCACUCUUUUGUGACCAAAUUGGUUUAAGCAACAUUGGGUACAGAUUUUUUUGUGAUUUCAAUUGUUACUUAUUUGUUACAGUACAACCUGUUACUUACAACUUGUUACUUACAGGAUGCCAUCUACCAGAUAGAUAAUAAACAUCCUAUUAAGGUCAAGAUUCCAACAA